UCCUACUGCUCGAUUCACACAUCAACUAACGGUUGCAUAACGAGAGCAUCGUAUCAAAAUGAGCAAAGAGCUCUCCCGAUCGUGUUCCCUUGAAACCGAGGUUCCAUCGUUAAAAGGGAUUAACUAUCCAAGAAUAGCCUCUAAGCCUAGCAUUCUGACUGCGAAACUAGAAAAUAUCCGCGGUUUUUUCCCCUCUUACUCGCCGACCUUCCGGGUAGUUAACUAAUAUCUUUCUUCCUUUUUCAUGUCCGACCUGAUGUUGGCAACUCGGAUACUUGGACUCGGCGUGCGGGGUGACUUUUACCCCAUUAUUGCACCUUAAAAAGAGCGCCGGUUGAUCGCCUUGGUGGAGCACUUCUUCGGGCAAGGACACGCGGGGGAAUUUCCAAGAAAUGAAAUCAUUUGCUUGCUUGCAAGUUGCCCCCCCCCCCCCGUAUAGCCAGAGUGGUCAUCAUGUCUGGAAGCCCACGCGAGGUGGCGCUGUCUAGCUGGGGCCGACCACCAACCAGACGACUUAGGCGGGCAGCAAAAGCGUCGAAUUUCUAGAAAAACUAGUUACUUUGCCCCGGAAAUGUCUAGAUGGGAUUCGCUGAACUACUGCUGCUGUGGUGCAUGGCAUGGACAAAUACGCCGAGCCCGUUCCCCGCCCACGCAUGCAAUCCCAGGCCGGCAAAUCGAUAUCGAACCUAGGUUGUUUUGACGCUGUUGUCGCCGGUUGGGUUGUGUGCUUUGAGCAUCCGGCGAGUCUGUUGGUAGAGUCCCUACAUAGUAACUUACGUAGCAAACUCUAUGCGCAGAUCGAACCGCUAAACUUAGGUAUCGCCCGCUGCGGAUUGGCUAGAUCUAGGGCCCAAAAUUCCUGGAAAUAGAGCAUGAAUCCCACAUUUCUUUGGCCUUUUUUCAGUUCUGCUCAAAAAUUAUCAGCCUACAUAGCUCGCUUUGUGGAGGUACUAUAAAUAUAUCCUGGAGCUUCCUCCUUGUUGUUCCUCAACGCCGCAUCGCUUUGGUUGACGUUGAUUGAUUAAACAAAUAAAUCUAUAACCGUGCACUCGGCCCUGGAUCGAGGGGUCUAUCAAACAGCGAUUCGGUGCACAGAACAGCAGAUUUCCGUACAAUCGCGCAAUCGUACAAUCUUGCGCGACAACAUCCACAAUGUUGUCCUUGAUACACCUCCUAUUCGGAGGUCUGGCCUUCUUCGGCCUAUAUCAAAUACACCUUUACUUAACCGUUGGUGCUGCUCGCCGUAAACUAGCCAAGGAGAAUGCAUGCAGACCACCUCCUGCAUAUCCACACAAAGAUCCUAUUCUUGGACUGGAUCUCGCUAUUAAAGCUAGCAGACAUAAGAAGAAGAAUAUCCUCCUCCAAGAAGCCCAGAAACGCUUCAAGACUGUUGGAAAUACCUACUCGCUGAACAGUAUCGGAAUACCCGCAAUUUCUACUUGCGAACCUGAGAACAUUAAGACCGUAUUAUCCCUCAAGUUCGCAGAUUACCAUAUCAACGCCCUUAGAAAACAGGCUUUCCAUGGCGUUUUUGGCCAUGGCAUAUUCACCACAGACGGUCCCCAAUGGGAGCACUCGAGAACCAUGCUGCGUCCAAAUUUCAACCGCGCUCAGGUCGCUGACCUUGCUAUUUUCGAACGACAUAUCCAAAGCCUUAUCCAGGUGGUCCCGACCGAUGGAUCUACCGUUGACCUCCAGCCACUGUUCUUUCACCUGACCGUAGAUACUGCAACCGAGUUCUUGUUCGGAGAGUCGGCUGACACUCUUCAUAAAAGUACUAGUCCUCUCACCGGAGAAAAUUUCGGCGAGGCCUUCACGUACUGCACGACAGAAAUUGGCAACUCCCUACGAUUCGGACUCCUCGACAGAUAUUUCAAGACCGACAAACGCUUUGAAAGGGAUCAGAAGCUGAUUCAUGAUUUUGCGGAUCGGUAUGUGAUGAAGGCGCUUGAGCAUUUCAGGGAUGAAAAGGCAGGACGCCUCCCUGUACAGGAAAAGGGCCGCUACGUAUUCCUGCAAGAACUGGCGAAGCAGACUCAAGACCCUAUCGCUCUCCGUUCCGAAACCCUGAACAUCUUGCUUGCGGGCCGCGAUACCACAGCGAGUCUUCUAGCGAAUGUCUGGAACAUCAUUUCCAAACGCCCAGAUGUGUGGAGCAAACUCCGCGUGGAAGUUGACGAACUCAACGGAAGAAAGCCUACAUUCGAAGAAAUGAAAAAUAUGAAAUAUCUCAAAUACGUGCUUAACGAAGCUCUCCGACUCUGGCCCGUCGUCCCAUUUAACGCCCGCGCCGCCAUCCGCGACACUAUCCUCCCCCGUGGUGGUGGACUGGACGGCAAAUCGCCGAUUCUUGUCAAAAAGGGCACGACGCUCGCCUACAGCGUCUACAGCAUGCAUAGACGCGAAGACAUCUAUGGGCCCGACGCUGCUGAAUUCAAACCGGAGCGAUGGGAAUCAUUAAGGCCUGGGUGGGAGUAUUUGCCGUUUAAUGGUGGGCCGAGGAUUUGUCUUGGUCAACAAUUCGCCCUCGCAGAAGCUUCAUACACCACAAUCCGGCUAAUGCAGCAUUUCCGCUCUAUCGAAUCGCGCGAUCCGGAGCCAUGGGCUGAGUGGAUCACCAUCACAUGUGCCAGCCACCAUGGUGCUAAGGUUUCACUGAAGCAAUGAAAUGGGAAAUGGGAAAUGGGAAAUGGGAAAUGAAAUGAUCUGAUGCUUUGUUCUUUAUGUGUUAGAAGGAAGUGAUAUUUUUUUACAUGCUAAAUGUUGAUUCAUUAUUAUCAUUAUUAUUAUUAUUAUUUUUUCCCCC